CGUUCCCCAUCUAUUGUUCAGUAUUUCUCCUGUAAGGCUGAAUCAGAGCGAAGUUUCCUGCUGUCCCAGCCCUCUAGGCUUCAGAGGCCUCCUUAUUUCUGCUCCCCAGGGAGUGUCAGACUCUUGCAAGUAUUUCUGUUCUGAAAAUGCAGAUGUUUGCGUGCACGCUAUCACAAAUGCCUCUCUAGAGGAAUCUUUUGGGCAGGACUGAGUGCCUCAGUUCCUGCAGCCUGUGCGCUGCAGCUGAUGACACCUGAUGGCAGCAUGAAGCCACAGAUGGGCUGUUGGAUUGGGCUCUUUGGUGUCUGUCCAGCAGGCAGUUGGGAGAGUCUGUCCCAGCUCUGUUGGGCUUUGUUCACGCCUGCAGACACUGGUGGAGGCUGGGCCCUCACUGCAAAGCAAGGGCACAAACACCUUAUAUUCCGAAAUCCAGCUUGGUGGCUGUUUCACAGGGCCAGAGUAGGACUUUUGGUCUGUGUUUUGCUGUUAUCGGCUUUCAUUCAGUCAUGGCAAUUUCUUCAAGCGCUAAAUACUACAGAAAAUACCGUAUUACUCCUUAAAAUGUGCAGCUGCUGUGUGGAUCAUGAGGCAUGAUUGUGGUUGGUACAGUUUUUUUGUUUGGUUUGGGUUUUGUUCUGGUUUUAGUGGGUUUUUUUUAACGAAUAAGAGCGUUACUCUGCCUAACAGCGACUGAGGAACAAGAAAAUCUGAACAUUUACCUGGCUUGCACAAGUGUUUUUUCACUGUACCAACAAAAAUGCCUCUUUUGUGUCAGAUACUGUUAGAUUCUGUGCUAGAAGUGCAAGAAAAGGUGACUCAUCAUGGGCUUUAUCUCUCCACCCUGAGACCAACCAGGAUGUUGGGGUUUUAUGUAGAAUUUUCCUCACUGUAAAUUGUACUGAGACUUAGCACGCUCAUUUCACGUACUCUGUGCAGCAAUUCAGCCCUCAGAGAUGGAGGUUGACAGAGAACCUCCCUUUGGUGGCUGCAAACAAGUCCAGGAACCAUCCCAGAGCAUCCCUCUGCCUCUUGCUUUCCCACGCUAAGAGCUGUGUAGUCAUACACAGCUCUUAAGGACAGCCAUCAGACAUCUAGAGGAGCUUGGGACAACUGCACUGCUGAUCCAAAUAGAGGAGAGGCUGCAGAUCCUCUGUUUUGGCUCUCCCAUUUUCACUCUCUCAGCACCUUUCUGUUGGAGGUGUUUGUACUUUUGGUCUCCUUAAAGACAGGCUUUUACAUCAGGAGUUUGUGAGGAAUGGGUAUGGGGAAGUCCAGUACAAUUUGUCCAGCCGCGGGAGGGUGGGUGGAAACGGCUCACGGGUUAAGCGGUGCUUUGAAGGAUGCAAGGACUGUGAUACUCCCUGCCCUUUUGGAACCGAUCAUGUGUUUGCAUUGUUAAAAGGAUGGAUUGUUAGAGCUACAGCGAUGGUGCUGAUCUGGUGGCAGGCUGCGUUUCCCCAAGUCAGCUCUCAUAGAAGACCUCAGUCCUUUGCUGUCCCUGAGUGAUAUUUGUAUACACACAAACUGCUGAUGUGUGCCUUUGUCCAUCUUCACACCCAGUUUAAGCAUUACUCAGCCUGUUUGAUCUCUGCCUGGGGCUGAAGCCACAACAGUUUCCAGUGUAACUGCUGGGAGUGAUAGUCGGGGUCAUAGACCUGUGUGAACCCUUUCCAGGCAGCUGUUCUGCGGGCAGAACCAGCUGAUAGACCUCUGCCGCAGUGGAGCAACUCCUCUGGUUUCCUUACGGAGAGAUGCUGGAUCUAGCCACAGCCAGUGUCCAGCUGCAUCGCUCCAAGGUACAGAGCAGCUGUCACCAAGAAAAGGAUUUGUGGGAUGCUGGGACUCUGCUGGCUCAUGUCUGUGCUGGUGGGGCUGAUCCCCAUGCUGGGGUGGAACCAGCACACGGGCAGCUCUGGUUACAUCGAGUGUCACUAUUUGGCCGUGAUGGGAAUGGAUUACGUGGUGUAUUUCAGCUUCUUCACCUGGAUCCUCCUUCCCUUGCUCAUCAUGUGUGCUCUCUACACUGAGAUUUUCUACAUCAUGUGGGUAAAACUGAGCCUGGGCUCAGCAAGUCCUCCAGGAGGAGGAACAGUGUGUGGGAAGCAAUAUAAAAUGGCCAAAUACAUGGCCCUUGUCCUCUUCUUAUUUGCAGUCUCUUGGCUGCCUCUGGGCAUCCUGAACUGUGUUUCAUACUUCUGCCGUUCCUGCGCCAUCCCGCAGCCGCUGAUGUCCCUGAGCAUCCUGCUGUCUCACGCCAACUCUGCCAUGAACCCCAUCGUCUACUCCUUCAAAAUACAGAAGUUCAAAGAAACAUACGCUUUCAUUCUGAGGACUUACAUCCUGCUCCAGAAGUCGGAGAUGACUGUUUCUAGCGUGGAGCGCACAGCAGAGCAGCCGGGACCAAGCACCAGCUGAGCUGUGCCCGGUCUGGACACGACAACUGGAACAGCGUGGGAGCAACACGAGUGGGGUGAAGAUGGCACAAACACCAAGAUAGUGCUCGGACCACGCAUUCUAGAGCAGUAAUUGUGUUUAUAUUUCAGUGUUCAGCUAAUUCGGCUCUGGGCAGUGCAUUUAUGAGUCCAGGAUCCUGGCUAACUCCCAAAAUAAAGAAGAACUUCUGCAUUUCUGAGCACACAGGUGUGAGGGGUUUGGAACAGAGUGGCAGCUGGAUGAGG